AUGCGAACCCCUAACACGGCCAGAAUUCCAAGUGGCGUCCGGCCUGCUACGUACCAUUCGCUGGGGGAUCGCGAAAACUUGAACCUGAUCAGUUUACCUCUCAACGGCGAGGCAACCGCUACUGUGGAGAGCAAUGUGAACGCAAUUUUCCGGGUCUUCAAGCGUCAAUUCCUUUCCGGGCCCAGCAGCACCAAUGCCGAGUAUCGCGUCCGGAACCAAGUCAUUAAAACAAAUCAUCUUGCGAAGAACACAAACGCAAACACAGCAAUUGAUAUAAAGCUCUUGCGGCUAAAGCCAACCCUUUUCCAAUGGGACCAGAUUACGCGACCUGUGCAAUUGACCAGUCCUCACCCAGGCGUCGAUAGCCUUAUAUGGAACACAGAUGAAAAUUAUGUCGAACAGGCACUGGCAGAGUAUGAAAUUGAGGGCGAUGUUCGCGGUGUUGGGCUCAGCUUUAAGGAUCUUUUGGUGGCCAUGGGAGAAAUCGCCCAGUCAGGCUUCGGACACGGGGCAGCUGGCAUUGUUCGGACGAUUGGAUCAUCCGUCAGUGGCUUCCUGCCCAGAGAUUGA